UUGUUGCUGUGUUCCCACAGCGUGUUGUGUUUGGGGGAAGCUCUGAAGCGGAGACUCAGUCUGAGGUUAAAGAGCUGUAAGUGCUGCUUUAAGCUGCUUUCAGUCCUUAUAUGUCAGCGUAACUGACUGAUGAGUGUUUUUAAAUGUCUGUUAGAGCCUCACUGAUGGAGGUGCUGCUCGUCCUGCAGGGGUUUAGAGGAGGAGCUGCAGUAAAGUCGAAAUUCUUCUUCUCCUGCUCUUUCCUACUCAGCUUAAAUGUGCUUCGGUAAACACGUGAGGACAUUCCACAACGAGGAAAGUUAAGCUGCUGAAACGGGUGAUCAUAUAAGAAAAUGGCAUUCAGAAGACAUUCUGGGACUCAGCAAAUGUCAUCUGGUAUCCUCCACAUGAAUACAUCUCAUAGACAAAUGCAGAAACACAGCAAGGAGAGAAAUCACUACUGCUUGGAAUGUGGGCAGAGUUUUGCUGCACAGAGUCAUCUCAAGAUACACCAGCGCAUUCACACAGGAGAGAAGCUGUAUCACUGCUCAGAGUGUGGGAAGAGUUUUAGUCAAAAGAGUACUCUCCAAAACCACCAGCGCAUCCAUACAGGAGAGAAGCCGUAUCACUGCUCAGAGUGUGGGAAUAGUUUUAGUCAAAAGAGUACUCUCCAAAACCACCAGCGCAUCCAUACAGGAGAGAAGCCGUAUCACUGCUCAGAGUGUGGGAGGAGCUUUACUACACAGAGUAAUCUCCAAGAUCACCAGCGCAUUCACACAGGAGAGAAGCCGUAUCACUGCUCAGAGUGUGGGAAGAGUUUUACUGAACAGGGUCAUCUCAAAAAGCACCAGCGCAUCCACACAGGAGAGAAACCAUAUUAUUGCUCAGAGUGUUGUAAGAGUUUUGCUGUACCAUACGAUCUCAAAAUACACCAGCGCGUUCACACAGGAGAGAAGCCGUAUCACUGCUCAGAGUGUGGGAAGAGUUUUAGUCAACAGAGUAAUUACCAAAACCACCAGCGCAUUCACACAGGAGAUAAGCUGUAUCACUGCUCAGAGUGUGGACAGAGUUUUAAUGAGAAGAGGACUCUCCAAGAUCACCAGCGCAUCCACACAGGAGAGAAGCCUUAUUACUGCUCAGAGUGUGGGAAGAGUUUCAGCAGUAGGUUUGUUCUCAAAACUCACCAGUGCACUCACACAGGAGAAAAGCUGUAUCACUGCUCAGAGUGUGGGAAGAGUUUUACUAAAAAGAGUAAACUCAAAAUCCACCAGCGCAUCCACACAGGAGAGAAACCGUAUCAGUGCUCAGAGUGUGGCAAGAGUUUUACUGUACAGAGUAAACUCAAAAUCCACCACCGCAUUCACACAGGAGAGAAACCAUAUUAUUGCUCAGAGUGUGGGAAGAGUUUUGCUGUACAAAGUAAUCUCCAAAACCACCAGCGCAUUCACACAGGAGAGAAGCCGUAUCACUGCUCAGAGUGCGGACAGAGUUUUACCCAACAGAGUGUUCUCAAAAAGCACCAGCGCAUUCACACAGGAGAGAAACCGUAUUACUGCUCAGAGUGUGGACAGAGUUUUAGUCAACAGGGUAAUCUCAAAACACACCAGCGCAUCCACACAGGGGAAAAACCGUAUCACUGCUCAGACUGUGGACAGAGUUUUAGUCAACAGAGUACUCUCAAAACACACCAGCGCAUUCACACAGGAGAGAAGCCGUAUUACUGCUCAGAGUGUGGACAGAGUUUUACUCAACAGAGUAAUCUCCAAAACCACCAGUGCAUUCACACAGGAGAGAAACCGUAUCAGUGCUCAGAGUGUGGAAAGAGGUUUAGUGCACAGAGUGCUCUCAAAAAGCACCAGCGCAUUCACACAGGAGAGAAGCCGUAUCACUGCUCACACUGUGGGAAGAGUUUUACUAAACAGAGUGCUCUCAGAAAUCACCAGCGCAUUCACACAGGAGAGAAGCCGUAUCGCUGCUCAGAGUGUGGAAAGAGUUUUACUGUACAGAGUAAACUCAAAAUCCACCAGCGCAUUCACACAGGAGAGAAGCCGUAUCACUGCUCAGAGUGUGGACAGAGUUUUACUACACAGAGUCAUCUCCAAGAUCACCAGCGCACUCACACAGGAGAGAAACCGUAUCACUGCUCAGAGUGUGGACAGAGUUUUACUCAACAGAGUGUUCUCAGAAAGCACCAGCGCAUUCACACAGGAGAGAAACCGUAUCACUGCUCAGAGUGUGGGAAGAGUUUUAGUCAACAGGGUAAUCUCAAAACUCACCAGCGCAUCCACACAGGAGAGAAACCUUAUUACUGCUCAGACUGUGGACAGAGUUUUACUCAACAGGGUACUCUCAAAACACACCAGCGCAUUCACACAGGAGAGAAACCAUAUGACUGCUCAGAGUAGUGUGGAAAGAGUUUUACCAAACAGAGUGCUCUCAUAAUACACCAGCGCAUCCACACAGGAGAGAAGCCAUAUCACUGCUCAGAGUGUGGGAAGAGUUUUACUGUACAGAGUGCUCUCAAAAAACACCAGCGCAUCCACACAGGAGAGAAGCCAUAUCACUGCUCAGAGUGUGGAAAGAGUUUUACUGAACAGUGUGCUCUCAAAACACACCAGCGCCUCCACACAGGAGAGAAGCCGUAUUACUGCUCAGAGUGUGGACAGAGUUUUACUCAACAGAGGUAUCUCAAAACACACCAGCACAUCCACACAGGAGAGAAGCCGUAUUACUGCUCAGAGUGUGGGAAGAGUUUUACUGUACAGAGUGCUCUCAAAAUACACCAGCGCAUCCACACAGGAGAGAAGCCGUAUUACUGCUCAGAGUGUGGGAAGAGUUUUACUGCGCAGAGUCAUCUCAAAACACACCAGCGCAUCCACACAGGAGAGAAGCCAUAUUACUGCUCAGAGUGUGGGAAGAGUUUUACUGAACAGAGUACUCUCAAAACACACCAGCGCAUCCACACAGGAGAGAAGCCGUAUUACUGCUCAGAGUGUGGACAGAGUUUUACUGUACAAAGUUCUCUCAAAAUACACCAGCGCAUCCACACAGGAGAGAAGCCGUAUUACUGCUCAGAGUGUGGGAAGAGUUUUACUCAGCAGAGUAAUCUCCAAAAACACCACCGCAUCCACACAGGAGAGAAGCCGUAUUACUGCUCAGAGUGUGGGAAGAGUUUUACUCAGCAGAGUGUGCUCAAAAAGCACCAGCGCAUCCACACAGGAGAGAAGCCAUAUUACUGCUCAGAGUGUGGGAAGAGUUUUACUGAACAGAGUGCUCUCACAACACACCAGCGCAUCCACACAGGAGAGAAGCCGUAUCACUGCUCAGAGUGUUGGAAGAGUUUUACUGCGCAGAGUCAUCUCAAAACACACCAGCGCAUCCACACAGGAGAGAAGCCGUAUUGCUGCUCAGAGUGUGGACAGAGUUUUACUGAACAGAGUUCUCUCAGAAAGCACCAGCGCAUCCACACAGGAGAGAAGCCGUAUUACUGCUCAGAGUGUGGGAAGAGUUUUACUGAACAGAGUACUCUCAAAAAGCACCAGCGCAUCCACACAGGAGAGAAGCCGUAUUACUGCUCAGAGUGUGGACAGAGUUUUACUGUACAGAGUACUCUCAAAAAGCACCAGCGCAUCCACACAGGAGAGAAGCCGUAUUACUGCUCAGAGUGUGGGAAGAGUUUUACUGAACAGAGUACUCUCAAAAAGCACCAGCGCAUCCACACAGGAGAGAAGCCGUAUUACUGCUCAGAGUGUGGGAAGAGUUUUACUGAACAGAGUAAACUCAAAAUACACCAGCGCACUCACACAGGAGAGAAACCGUAUCACUGCUCAGAGUGUGGGAAAAGUUUUACUGUACAGAGUAAUCUCAAAAUACACCAGCGCAUCCACACAGGAGAGAAGCCGUAUUACUGCUCAGAGUGUGGGAAGAGUUUUACUGAACAGAGUAAUCUCAAAAAGCACCAGCGCAUCCACACAGGACAGAAGCCGCAUCACUGUUCAGAGUGUGGACAGAGUUUCAAACAUUUAAAGACCCACAAGAGAUUGGACCCAGAGCCCAAGCUGUGUUGUGGAAAGAGUUUUACCAAACAGAGUAAUCUUAAAAAACACCAGCGCAUCCACACAGGAGAGAAACCGUAUCACUGCUCAGAGUGUGGGAAGAGUUUUACUCAGCAGAGUUCUCUCAAAACACACCAGCGCAUCCACACAGGAGAGAAGCCGUAUUACUGCUCAGAGUGUGGGAAGAGUUUUACUGAAAAGAGUGCUCUCAAAAAGCACCAGCGCAUCCACACAGGAGAGAAGCCAUAUUACUGCUCUGAGUGUGGACAGAGUUUUACUCAGCAGAGUGCUCUCAAAACACACCAGCGCACUCACACAGGAGAGAAGCCGUAUUACUGCUCAGAGUGUGGGAAGAGUUUUACUGUAAAGAGUGCUCUCAAAACACACCAGCGCAUCCACACAGGAGAGAAGCCAUAUCACUGCUCAGAGUGUGGGAAGAGUUUUACUGAACAGAGUUCUCUCAGAAUACACCAGCGCAUCCACAGAGGAGAGAAGCCCUAUUACUGCUCAGAGUGUGGGAAGAGUUUUACUCAGCAGAGUAAUCUCAAAACACACCAGCGCAUCCACACAGGAGAGAAGCCGUAUUACUGCUCAGAGUGUGGACAGAGUUUUACUGUACAGAGUCAUCUCAAAACACACCAGCGCAUCCACACAGGAGAGAAGCCGUAUCACUGCUCAGAGUGUGGGAAGAGUUUUACUGUACAGAGUGCUCUCAAAACACACCAGCGACUUCACACAGGAGAGAAACCAUAUUACUGCUCAGAGUGUGGGAAGAGUUUUACUGAACAAAGUGCUCUCAAAACACACCAGCGCAUCCACACAGGAGAAAAGCCGUAUCACUGCUCAGAGUGUGGGAAGAGUUUUACUGCGCAGAGUCAUAUCAAAACACACCAGCGCAUCCACACAGGAGAGAAGCCGUAUCACUGCUCAGAGUGUGGACAGAGUUUUACUGCGCAGAGUUCUCUCAAAACACACCAGCGCAUCCACACAGGAGAGAAGCCGUAUUACUGCUCAGAGUGUGGACAGAGUUUUACUGUACAGAGUUCUCUCAGGAAGCACCAGCGAAUCCACACAGGAGAGAAACCGUAUUGCUGCUCAGAGUGUGGGAAGAGUUUUACUGUACAGAGUACUCUCAAAAAGCACCAGCGCAUCCACACAGGAGAGAAGCCGUAUUACUGCUCAGAGUGUGGGAAGAGUUUUACUGUACAGAGUGCUCUCAAAAUACACCAGCGCAUCCACACAGGAGAGAAGCCGUAUCACUGCUCAGAGUGUGGGAAGAGUUUUACUGAACAGAGUACUCUCAAAAAGCACCAGCGCAUCCACACAGGAGAGAAACCAUAUUACUGCUCAGAGUGUGGACAGAGUUUUACUGAACAGAGUAAACUCAAAAUACACCAGCGCACUCACACAGGAGAGAAACCGUAUCACUGCUCAGAGUGUGGGAAGAGUUUUGCUGAACAGAGUAAACUCAAAAUACACCAGCGCACUCACACAGGAGAGAAACCGUAUCAUUGCUUAGAGUGUGGGAAAAGUUUUACUGUACAGAGUCAUCUCAAAAUACACCAGCGCAUCCACACAGGAGAGAAGCCAUAUCACUGCUCAGAGUGUGGGAAGAGUUUUACUGUACAGAGUGCUCUCAAAAAGCACCAGCGCAUCCACACAGGAGAGAAGCCGCAUCACUGUUCAGAGUGUGGACAGAAGUGUGGAAAGAGUUUUACCAAACAGAGUGCUCUCAAAAUACACCAGCGCAUCCACACAGGAGAGAAACCGUAUCACUGCUCAGAGUGUGGACAGAGUUUUACUGUACAGAGUGCUCUCAAAACACACCAGCGCAUCCACACAGGAGAGAAGCCAUAUCACUGCUCAGAGUGUGGAAAGAGUUUUACUGUACAGAGUCAUCUCAAAAGACACCAGCGCAUCCACACAGGAGAGAAACCGCAUCACUGCUCAGAGUGUGGGAAGAGUUUUACUGAACAAAGUAAUCUCAAAACACACCAGCGCAUCCACACAGGAGAGAAGCCGUAUUACUGCUCAGAGUGUGGACAGAGUUUUACUGUACAGAGUGCUCUCAAAAUACACCAGCGCAUCCACACAGGAGAGAAGCCAUAUCACUGCUCAGAGUGUGGGAAGAGUUUUACUGUACAGAGUCAUCUCAAAACACACCAGCGCAUCCACACAGGAGAGAAACCGUAUCACUGCUCAGAGUGUGGGAAGAGUUUUACUGUACAGAGUCAUCUCAAAACACACCAGCGAAUCCACACAGGAGAGAAACCGUAUCACUGCUCAGAGUGUGGGAAGAGUUUUACUGAACAGAGUAAUCUCAAAACACACCAGCGCAUCCACACAGGAGAGAAGCCGUAUUACUGCUCAGAGUGUGGACAGAGUUUUACUGUACAGAGUGCUCUCAAAACACACCAGCGCAUCCACACAGGAGAGAAGCCAUAUUACUGCUCAGAGUGUGGGAAGAGUUUUACUGAACAGAGUUCUCUCAAAAUACACCAGCGCAUCCACACAGGAGAGAAGCCGUAUUACUGCUCAGAGUGUGGGAAGAGUUUUACUCAGCAGAGUAAUCUCAAAACACACCAGCGCAUCCACACAGGAGAGAAGCCGUAUUAUUGCUCAGAGUGUGGACAGAGUUUUACUGUACAGAGUCAUCUCAAAACACACCAGCGCAUCCACACAGGAGAGAAGCCGUAUUACUGCUCAGAGUGUGGACAGAGUUUUACUGUACAGAGUGCUCUCAAAACACACCAGCGAAUCCACACAGGAGAGAAGCCAUAUCACUGCUCAGAGUGUGGGAAGAGUUUUACUGAACAGAGUAAUCUCAAAAAGCACCAGCGCAUCCACACAGGACAGAAGCCGCAUCACUGUUCAGAGUGUGGACAGAGUUUCAAACAUUUAAAGACCCACAAUGCUCUCAAAACACACCAGCGCAUCCACACAGGAGAGAAACUGUAUCACUGCUCAGAGUGUGGGAAGAGUUUUACUCAACAGAGUACUCUGCGAAACCACCAGCGCAUUCACACAGGAGAGAAACCGUAUUACUGCUCAGAGUGUGGGAAGAGCUUUUCUAAACAGAGUAAUCUCCAAAACCACCAGCGCAUUCACACAGGAGAGAAGCCGCAUCACUGCUCAGAGUGUGGGAAGAGCUUUUCUAAACAGAGUACUCUCCAAAACCACCAGCGCAUUCACACAGGAGAGAAGCCAUAUCACUGCUCAGAGUGCGGGAAGAGUUUUAUUAAACAGAGUAAUCUCCAAAACCACCAGCGCAUUCACACAGGAGAGAAACCGUAUCACUGCUCAGAGUGUGGGAAGAGUUUUACUCAACAGAGUACUCUCCAAAACCACCAGCGCAUUCACACAGGAGAUAAACCCUAUUACUGCUCAGAGUGUGGACAGAGUUUUACUCAACAGAGUAAUCUUCAGAACCACCAGCACAUUCACACAGGAGAGAAACCGUAUCACUGCUCAGAGUGUGGGAAGAGUUUUAGUCAACAGAGUACUCUCCAAAACCACCAGCGCAUUCACACAGGAGAGAAACCAUAUGGCUGCUCAGACUGUGGGAAGAGUUUUACUAAACAGAGUCAUCUCAAAAAGCACCAGCGCAUUCACACAGGAGAGAAACCAUAUCGCUGCUCAGAGUGUGGGAAGAGUUUCAGACAUUCAAAGACUGCAAAGACACACAAGUGCAGUAAGAGCUGUGGUGGAAAUCAGCAGUAAUGAGUAACCUUAACACAUUCCAGGUCUGAAAGUCUACAGGAAACUGUGAUUCUAGGCCAGAUUUCAGUCUGUUUUUUGGGGAAAACCACCUGUUUUGUUGAACACUGUUUCUAAAACAGUAAAGUAUAAAAUGGAAAGUAUAAAAUGGAAUGUAAUUUCCUCUACUGACCACCAAGUCCAACCUAAAGCUAAUACACCCAACGAGAAGGUGUGAUACUGCAUAUUCUCCCCAA